AUGGCUACCCCUGCUGCUCUUCCUCCUCUGCCCUUCAAUCCGGCUAGGAUUAGGACUUAUCUGCUCCGGCUGCCGCUGUUCACUCGGCUGGUCCUUCUUGUCAUCUUGGCCUUCUGGCUGCUUGAGUUGCAAACCAUAUGGAGUGUCGUGCAAUGGGGCGCAUUGAUCCCAGAGGAGAUCAACCUAGGGACUAUGUACCGCCUUAACACGUAUCCUUUCAUCCACACUGGGUUCUGGCACGCUCUGUUCAACGUUGUGGCGCUGACUCCACUGCUGGAGCGCUUUGAGGCUGAACAUGGCACGUUGACUUCUGUGGCCUUGUUUGUUGGACCUCUGUCAACUGUUCCUGCUGGUCUUUACAUCCUUAUCGAGAGGGGCGUGCUUCACAGAAACACCUCAGUCGUUGGCGCAAGCGUGUGGGCUUUCCUUCUUCUCGGAUCGGAAGCAAUCAAGACAUACAAGUCCCACCCUAACUUCAGCCUUGGACCUUACAAGAUUCCUACCUGGACCUCACCCCUGGUUGCUUGCGUCGUGGUUUCCAUUCUUAUGUCGAACGUGAGCUUCCUUGGUCACCUGUGCGCAAUCCUGGUUGGCUACCUCCUCGGCCUCGGAUACCUCAAGGUGUUUGUGCCCCCCGAGAAGAUCCUUCGCUGGAUUGAGGGCAAGCUGAACCUCCUCGGGCGUCUUCCUCACUAUGUCUCUGUCGACCAGAAGACCUAUGGCCGCUACGGAGUUCUCCCCACCACCAACAACCCCGCUGGCGUCAGUGGAAGCGGAACCCCUAUGAGCUUCAUGGGAUCCACGCAGCGCCUGGGAGCCUAA